AUUGCGAUCUUAAAUCGAUCUGCAGCUUUUUCUAACCUUUUUUUCUCACCCCUGCUUGAAACAACUCGGAGAACCAUUAAACAAAGUUCAAACCAAAAAUUCUCAAAGUACAAACCAAAUCCCUACCAAGCUUAUGUAGAUGCCCAUGAAAAGGGAGAGACUUAGCCCACCUCCACUGUCAAUGUUGCCGCCACCACCACCACUUCAUUGUCUUUCUCCUGGGCAAGAAAUCUUUGUCAGGGUCUCUGCCCCCAAAAACGUCACCACUGGUUCCAUCCCUCCUCACCACCGCUGCCGCCACCUUUGUCAUCACUGGUGCUGUGGGGUGCAAUCUUUUCCCACUAAGUGGGCAAGAAGAAAAAAGGGAACAAAUAUUGCUAAAACUAAAUGAGUAAAGAAAAUUUCUAGGGGAGUGAGAUCGCGGAGAUUCGAAAUCCAAGACGUGCCACAAGGGUCUGACUGGACAGCUUUCAAUGGGUUGCUUUCUUCUCUCGAUUCUGGAUAUAAUCUACCAAGGAGUAGCUUUCAUAUAUGGAGUUUCUAGGGCCAAUUUUUCAAGUGAUAAAGUGCUUUGGGGGUUCAACAUGUAACUAUAUAGACCAGCACCGAAAACUUGAAGAAAAUGUGAAUGAUCUAAGAAGAAAAGUGAAUGACUUGAAUAUUCGAAAGCAGGACCUGGAAUUAAGAAAGGAAGCAGAGAUUCGUCGCAGAAAAGUGGUGAAGAAAGAAGUGGAGAAAUGGUUUGAAGAAGUAGAAAGGAUGAACACUGAAAUGGAAAGGAUUGAAAAGAAGUUUCAUGCUGUUUCAUACUUGUUACGUGGCCGCCUGGCAAAAUCUGUUUGUCGAAAGAUUGAAGAAGUCAAGGAAAUUCACCAACAAGGCAGUUUCCCUGAAGGUGUGGCGGUUGAUGGCCCUCCAGCCCCUGGGGUGACAUUAACAACUCCAAAGCUAGAAGGUGAAAUUGAUGUGAAAGAACAAAUUUGGGAGUGUUUGAUGGGUGAUGAGGUUGGGAUGAUCGGAGUGUGUGGAAUGGGUGGCAUAGGAAAAACUACCAUCAUGAAGCAUAUCAAUAAUCAAUUGUUGGAGGAGGCUCUAUUUGAUAAAGUGAUAUGGGUCACUGUAUCAAAAGAUUUGAAUAUCUUCAAAAUACAAGAAGAUAUUGCAAAUUCUAUGAAACAGUCUCUCCCAACAAAUGAACUGGAACGAGCAACAAUAUUGAAGGAUUCUUUGGAGGGAAAGAGAUAUGUGUUGAUCUUAGACGAUGUUUGGAAAAAGUUUUCUUUAUCAGAUGUUGGAAUCCCUGAACCGAUAUUAGGUAAGGGGAUGAAAGUAGUACUCACUAGCAGAUCCAUUGAGGUCUGUAGAUCUAUGAGUUGUGAAGUGGUCAAAGUGCAACCUCUUUCAAGUGAGGAAUCCAUGGAAUUAUUCCUAAAUCAUGUGGGGCAAAGUGUAGUACAACAUCCGGCUUUAAAAGAAAUUGUGAAACAAAUCGUUGAGAAAUGUGGUGGUUUACCACUUGCUAUUGUAACAAUAGCCGGUAGCAUGAAGGGGGUGGAUGAUAUUUGUGAGUGGAGGAAUGCACUAAAUGAAUUAUGUCAACGGGUGAAAAGUAUGAAAGGAGUGGAUACUGAAAUAUUUGAGUGCUUGAUGUUUAGUUAUAAUCGCUUGGGAGAUCCAAAAAUCCAGAAUUGUUUUGUAUAUUGCUCCUUGUAUCCCGAAGAUUAUCCCAUCAAAAGGACAGAGUUGAUAGAAAAGUGGAUUGAUGAGGGACUGAUUUAUGCAGAUACUAGAUGGGCAAUGUAUGACAGAGGCCAUAGUAUUUUAAAUAAGCUUGAAAAUAACUGCUUGUUAGAGAGGGUUAUUGGUGGAAGCUAUGAGAUAAGUGUUAAGAUGCAUGAUGUCUUAAGAGACAUGGCAUUGUUCAUUAAAGGAGCUGGUCCUCAAUUCUAUGUGAAAACUGGCACACAAUUGAAGGAACUACCAGCUGAGCAUGAAUGGACAGGGAAUCUUGAGAAGGUUUCCUUGAUGUAUAAUUCAAUUUUGGAAAUCCCUUCUCACGUUUCACCGAAAUGCCAUAAUUUGUCAACCUUGUUAUUGCAACAACUUGAGGGAUUUGGUUUGCUUCCAGCACCGGGAUAUAAAAUGAUUCCAGAAAAUUUCUUCCUUCACAUGUAUGGACUAAAGGUUCUUGAUCUUUCUUAUACUAAUAUCUCGAAUCUGCCCAAUUCCAUCUCUAACCUGGAAAAUCUUAAUGCCCUGGUACUUCGAGGUUGUUACAACUUAAGAUAUCUGCCUUCUUUAGCAAGGCUAAGAGCAUUGAAAAAGUUGGACCUCUAUAAGACAGGUUUGAGCAAGGUCCCUCCUGACAUGGAAAUGUUAGUAAACCUCACAUAUCUUGGUUUACAAUCAAGGGGUCUACAGCAGCUACCAAUAGGAAUACUGCCGAUGUUUUCUUCUCUCCAAUACUUGGCAACGAUGCUGCAUUUAAAAGGAGAAGAACUAGGCAGAUUGAUGAAGCUUGAAUUUAUUUCUUGCUUAUUUUAUGAUUUGCAAGAGUUUAUGGCAUAUGCGAAGUCUAUACAGGGUAUAUGGCCUACAAAUUUCAUUUGUGCAGUAGGAUCAUCUUUGCCUAGAUAUGCUACACUAUUUGGGGUGGAGAACAUUUUUGAGAAACCUGAAAAUUCUAAGAAUGUAUACUUUGUUAAUUGUGAGAUAAUGAAAGCAGGCCCAAUACUGCUUCCAAUUGACCUGCAUAGUUUUUAUUUUGAGAAGUGUGAUGAUCUCAAAUGCUUAAGCAAUAUUUCUUUUCUCCAUGAAGCAAAUGGCUUGAACAGUUGUUACAUUUGGGAGUGUGAAGGGAUAGAGUGCGUGGUUGAUUUGUCAUUAUCACCUUGCAACUCAUGUCAGAGCAUUGAGAAGCUAAGCCUUGGAAAAUUAUGCAACUUGCUUGAACUUGUGAGAGUAGCAGCAUCAGUUCAAUCUACAUCUCAGACAGCUGAUCCGGCCAUCUUCUCUUCUCUUAAAGCAGUUUAUUUGAAAAAUUGUCCAAGGAUGAAGGAGCUGUUUUCAGUUCAGCUGUUGCAGGGCCUCCAAAACUUGGAGGAAGUGAUGCUUGAAGAUUGUGAAGAAAUGGAGAAAAUAAUAGCAUCUGAUGAAGAAGAGGAAGAGAACGAGAAUCACAAUGGAGAAAGAAGGGGUUCCAACAUAACAACAUUUGUUCUUCCCAAGUUAAGGGAAUUGUCCUUGCACGGCUUACCAAAAUUGAAAAGCAUUUGUGGUAGUGGAGUGAUGAUUCCUACAGGUUUUCUCCGGCGUCUUCAAAUAACAGGAUGUCCUAAACUAAGGAGGAUCCCUUUGUUUCUUCCCCAGCUUGAGAAUGGGCAAUCAUCUCAUCCCCCCUCUCUCAAAAGAAUCUUUGUAAGGCCAAGAGAAUGGUGGGAAUCAUUAGAAUGGGACAAUCCUAAUGAUAUCGCAGUCCUUUCAACCUUUGUUUCUUAUAACAACUGUUAUUAGAAUGGGACAGAGUAGAGCAAUUUGAUUAAAACUGAUUCAACACUGCUCUAACUGUCAACAACAAGCUGUAUGAAUCUCAAGGGGUGCAGUGGCAUACUCAAGCUCAAACAUUAGAGAAGGAAGUAGCAGUUGUGAUGUGGUUUGAUGAUCUAAUUUAUCUAUCAAAACCAUAAUUUCCCUUGCUGUAAUUGCUGGAUGCUGAAAGUGGGCUAUUACCUAUCCGAAAUCCUAAAAGUUUACAAGAGAAGGAAAACUUUGGAGAGAUAGAGCAGAACAUUGAGGAUAGUAAGGAAAACUUGGAGCUUGCACUGUUGGACCUUGCCACAAUAGCUUUUCGGUCAACAAGAAGCUUAGAGAAGGUUGAUCAGAAGUCUGAACUUGUACAGAAGGGCUACAAUAGCUGAUGAUUAAGAUAUCAAUAUGAAGAAGCUUUCAAGGAGUUCUGGACAAGGACCAUAUGAGUUCAGAAAUAAAGAUAAAAUUUGAUUGCCUAGCCUUAGAAAUGUAGUCUUGUAAAGCUUCUUGGUUAGGUUGUUGCAUUCAAAGAGAGGAGAAUAUGCUGAUCUACCAAGUCAUCCCCAACAAAAGCCUGGAGUUCAUCAUAUUUGGUCUGGAUCACUCAAAAUGUAUGUCAGAUCAUCUGUGGCGAGCGUGCAUUGCCUCCGCCAAACCAAUUGGUUUUCCUAUUUGCAAGAACUAGUCAGAAGCUGAUACAUUUGCAGGCAGAUAUUAGUUUUCAGUGUAUUCACAGGAGGGAAAAGAAAUUGCUGUGAACAGGCUUGAAACGAGUUUUGUACAAGGAUUAAAUACUGAGUAGGUAUAAAUAUUCUCAAAGAUCAAUUACUGACCUCCCUUCAAUCUGUCUUCUCGGAUGAACUUCAUCUAAUGCUUGCUCAUUUCAGUAGUUAGCUUUAAUUUGUACUUGAAAAGCACAUUAAGCAGAUUAUAUGUGAUUAUUUGCUUGAUAAUUCC